UUAAACAUAAAAGUGAUGUCCAACAUUUAAACAAAAAAAAAAAAAAAACAAAAGAAGAAGGAAAACCAAAUUCCAAAUUUACCAAUUUCGAUAUUUUUGGUACACUUUACAAUUUUGGUUGGUGAUUUGUACUUUCAUCUCUCAGCUUUGUCUUUGUCUUAAGUCUUGUGCAGAACAGUUCUAAAACUCAGCUUUUGUCGCUCUCUCUCUCUCUCUCACUCUAUCUAAUAUAACUCUCUGCGAAGCUUCAGUCUUGUUUCGUUUUUGUUGGUAUUCUGAUCUAUGCAACAGCAACAAGGCCAAACGAAAAAGUGAACAAAUCUCUUGAAAUAAAAAAUAAAGUUGAGCAAAAAUUACCAAAAAGAAAAUAACAGUGAAAGAAAAAAAAUUAAAAACCAAAGUUUAAAAUAGAGAGCAGUAGCCAAAGGGAAAAAAUCAAAAGUGGAAGGACACACAAAAAUCAAGAACCCAAAGCUAACACAUUCAGAAUUAAGAAGUUAACAUAAUGUUAAGUUCGCUGGAUGCCUUGGCUAGUAAAAUAUCACCUGGCUCAGGAAAUAGUUCUCCGUCCCAGCAACAGCAGCAGCAGCAACAGCAGCAGCAGCAACAGCAGCAGCAUAAUCAGAUUCAACAGUCAGUGUCACGUUCGAUUCUACGAAGUCCUUUGUGUCAACAGACUGAUAAAAAGUCAGAUAAACAAAACGAGCACGAUUGUCCAGACAGCCAGACAAAUCAGUCAUUACGCUUAAACGGCAAUCACUCACACAGUCAUCAUCAUAGCCAUCAUCACCACCACCAUCAGCACCACAAUAACAAUGGCCUGGACAGCAAUGGCAACAAAUUAUGUCACAUCGCUCACAAUUCCAUACAUCCUUAUCAGAAACGAGCAGGUUCGCCCUGCAAUGGUACCACCUCACAUCACUCGCACCAUAAUCACCUGCUGCAACAGUCUAGAUUGGCAAACUACCUAUCCCAUCAAUCGUCAUCGUCUUCACCCCCAACCACACCAUUGCCACUCUCCUCAUUAUCGCCGCAAGAAUGCCCGCAACAAAGACAGCAGCAACAUGAGCUCUUUCAGCAGCAGUUGCAGCAGCAACAACAGCGUCUGCUUAAACAGCAGCAAUCAGCAGUUGCAUCACCUCCCCUAUCACCAACGACGCCGACAUCACAACCGUACGAUGAAAAUGAUUCCCAAAACGAUUUUGGCAGUUGUCUGAAGGAAAAUGCAUUUGGCAUGAGUGAUAAAAGCAGUACAACCAACAGCCUACCGAAUAGUCCCAUUCACAACAACAACAAUAACUCGUCGUUGCUGAAUAAAAACAAUGGUGUGCCCGGACUGUGUAGCAACAACAAUAAUGCGAAUGCCAUCAACAAUAACAACAACAAUACAUGCAGUACAAAUCGCAAUCUGAUGGCAUUGGAUGGCAGUGAAUCGUGCUUUCGCAUGGACACUGAUACCCCAUUCCUACGGGAAGAGCCCGAUCCAGACAACAUUAAAAUGUUUGUUGGCCAGGUGCCAAAGUCUAUGGACGAGGCUCAAUUGCGUGCCAUGUUCGAGGAAUACGGUGCUGUGCAUUCAAUAAAUGUUUUGCGCGACAAAGCCACCGGAAUCAGUAAAGGUUGUUGUUUUGUGACAUUUUAUACCCGCCGUGCUGCCUUAAAAGCCCAAGAUGCCCUGCACAAUGUGAAAACCUUAAAUGGGAUGUAUCAUCCUAUUCAAAUGAAACCCGCCGACAGUGAAAAUCGUAAUGAACGUAAACUUUUCAUUGGUAUGCUAAAUAAGAAACUGAACGAGAACGACGUCAGAAAAUUAUUUGAAGUGCACGGAGCUAUUGAAGAGUGUACGGUUUUGCGUGAUCAAAACGGCCAGAGUAAAGGGUGUGCCUUUGUCACCUACGCCACAAAGCAUUCGGCGAUAUCAGCGAUAAAAGUAACACUAAAUCAAAACAAAACCAUGGAAGGCUGCACCUCGCCAUUAGUGGUGAAGUUCGCCGAUACCCAAAAGGAAAAGGAACAAAAGAAAAUCCAACAAAUCCAAGCGAAUCUGUGGAACUUGGCGACGAACAUGAAUAUACCCCUGGGACAGACUGCGACAACGGUCUCGACGCCUACCAUCAUGCCCAGCACCCCCCAACAGGCCAGUCCGGUAUUGGGAGCCGAUGCCAUAACUCCCGCCUCAUUGCAGCUGUUGCAACAAUUGCAGGCAGUGGGCUUGCAACAGCAACUAUUGCAAGGUCUGGGAGCACAAACAAAUACGGCGGAUAGUACUGCGGCCACAGCAGCAGCGGCUGCCGCCGGUCUUCUACCUCCGAUGACUGUACAAAACUUAGCUGCUCUGGCAGCUAUGACUCAAUCGUCGUUGACGAACACGGCCACCAAUCCGGGAAAUGCUCAACUGACAAAUACAGCCGCCUUAUUGUGUCUAUUAGGAAAAUCUGCCAAUACAGCGAGACAAAGGAAGGUGCGAUCGUUAAAAUCUGAAUCAGCCGAUCAAACAAACAAUCGGAUAAGCUUUGUGGACUUGACGAAUAGGACGGAUCCCAAUAAUUUUGCUUCGGCCUAUAUGUCAACGGCGGCUGGUUUACCACAAUUUGGUAGUACCGCCUUGACAACUUCACCUUUAGCCAGUGUUGCCUUAAGUUCAGCAGCAGCUGCUGCAGCUGGAAAACAAAUUGAGGGUCCUGAAGGCUGUAAUCUUUUCAUAUAUCAUUUGCCACAGGAAUUCACUGACACAGAUUUGGCCUCGACUUUCCUGCCAUUUGGAAAUGUCAUUUCCGCCAAAGUUUUCAUCGACAAGCAGACAAACUUAUCCAAGUGCUUUGGUUUCGUAUCAUUUGACAAUCCCGAAUCGGCGCAGGUAGCCAUACGAGCAAUGAAUGGAUUUCAAGUGGGCACCAAACGCUUAAAAGUCCAAUUGAAAAAGCCCAAAGAUGCUUCUAAACCAUACUAGAGAAGAGAGAACAGAAACCAACCAUACAAAGAAACGUACACAAAAAAAAAACCACCCCCAUACAUAGAUAUGCACACAAAAGCAGGAAGAAAAGGAUUACCAUGAGAUUUGUAAACAGGAUGAAGUCAGCCAGCCAGCCAGCCGGCCAGAUAAACUCUAAGAAAGCAGAAAAUGACAAAACAGAAGGCCAUCAGCAAGGAAUGAAGUAGAGGAAGAGAGAGCUUUUAAGGACAUUUAAUGGUAAUUACCUUUAAGAACAUUUUAAAGUAAAUCGUUAUCCUUUAAAGGGCUUGAAGGAGAGCAGCUAAUCUUUGGUUAUUGCCUUAAAUUCUAUGCUUGGCAGCCUAUUUUGUUUAAUUUAAUUUCUUGUAAGCCUUUUAUUCUUGCUUUUGAGUUUUAUGAAGAAAAACAAAUGUCCCUACAUUUUAGAAUUUUACUUAUCACAAACGAGGGAGGGCAAACUAACUCCCUCAUAUAAUCGUUAAACGUUUUGAAUUGAAUAUUUUAUGUUUUUUGAUGAAUUUUUUAAAGAAAAAUAUAUACUAGAAUGUAGUAAACCUUAAACUAGAAUGUAGUAAACCUUGAACUAGAAUGUAGUAAAGCUUUUUCAUAGCUUUUAGUUUUGUGUGUUUACAAAGCAACCACAACCACACUUUACCACACCAAGAAUAUGAUAACAAAAAUACUUGUAGUUAAGUUUUACGUUUGAUUGUUUAAUGAAAUUUUUCUCAGCCUUAGAAGUUUUUUAACACAAAAAACAAAAAUUGGUAAAAAAUUAUUUUUCCUCUCUUAAUAAUCAUUUAAGGAAAAACAAAAACACUUUGUGUUUUUCAAAAGCCACAUAGGAUUUGUGAAAAUAUAUGAAAAUUUGAAAUAUUAUGUUGCAUAUACAUGGAGUCAUCUACGUUAAGUGUAUCUAGAGAAUUGUGUUAUACUGUUCACUGUAUACUUAUGAAACUGUUAUACUUAAUAUGUUCUGAGUUUUAUGCACCACACAAGCACUAAUCACACUUAAACAUACAACAAAAAAUUGUAUGAAUAUUAUUCGCAAAAUCUUUAAAAACAAAACGUAAAUAAUUUUUGUAAAGAUCAACGAAAAAUUUAAAUGAUUUUAUGCUCGAUUUUUGUAAAAAAAAAAAAAAUUUAUCAACUUAAUGUGGCCAUAAGUGUUUGCUAAGUUUUAAGUGAAGUGAAUUGAAAUAAUGUUAAAAGACCCAAUGAAAUUUAUGUUAAUUUUUUUUUUUAAAGCAGCAGACUAUUGCUAAGCAAUGAGACAAUUUUUUAUUGAAGUACUAAGUCAUUUUUUAUAAGAAAAUGAAAAAAAAAAUUGCUUGCAAAGUUGUUCAACUCUCGUCUUUGUUUUUUGUUAUAAAUAUCCGAAAAAUAGACGGCAGACAAUUAUAAUACAAAAAAAAUAUUAAAAACAAAAACAUUAAAAAACUAUGUUAAAAGUCAUUUUUUUAUUAUUUCUAACUUUUUUUUUUUUGUAUUUUUUAUUACCAUUGUUUUUUUUUUUUUUUUUGUUACUCAAAAACUUGUUUAAUAAUAUUCUCUUUUUAAAUUGUUUACAUUUUUAGCUGUUUAUUUUUAUUUUUUUAAUUAAUUACUUUUUCUUUAUAUAUUUCGUAAAAACUGUUAAAUGCUUUCCUUUUUUUGAAUUCAUUAUUUAUAAAUUAAAAUGCCAUACCUUAUCACUCAAAAACCCCACACAUACACUGAAUUACACAACACUUACUUUUUCGCUUUAUAUUUGUAUUGUUUAUAUAUCGUUACAUAUAUAUAUAUCUAUCUAUCAUUUGCUGAAAUAUUUAAAUAAAGCUUUGUUUUUUGUUCCUUUGCUA